GAUUUUGGCUUUGCUGGGGUGUUGUUGAAAGAUGAGUUUGUAAUAAUCAUGUUUUAUAGUGUUAGUCAUGCAGUUUGCUACUUAUUCUACGAGGAUACAGUUUUCGGAGUUUUUCGUUUUGUUUUGUAAUGAUUUUAGACGAAAAUGAAGGAUAAAAUGCCUCCAUUUAGGCGUAAGAAAUUGGGAAAAUCCUUUCCCGUCAAAGUGUAUACAUUGGAUGCUGAAUUGGAGUUUAAUUUGGAGUGGAGAGCGACGGGAAGAGGUCUGUUUGACUUGGUAUGCCGCACAAUAGGACUCAGAGAGACUUGGUAUUUUGGAUUGCAGUAUGAAGACUCCAAGGGAUUUAUUUCAUGGCUAAAACUGGACAAAAAAGUCCAGGAUCAGGGAAUCUCACAACAGCCUACAACCUCUUUCAUGUUUCUUGGCAAAUUCUACCCAGAGGAUGUUGCUGAGGAGCUAGUUCAGGAAGUCACACAACAUUUGUUUUUCCUGCAAGUGAAGCAAGCUAUUCUGUCUAUGGACAUAUACUGCCCUCCAGAAGCAUCAGUUUUACUGGCCUCAUAUGCAGUGCAAGCUAAGUAUGGUGACUAUGAUGAAUCGAUGUACAAGCCUGGAAUGCUAGCAAGUGAAGACUUGCUGCCACAGCGAGUGAUAGACCAGUAUCAGAUGACGCCCGAGAUGUGGGAGGACCGCAUCAAGAUCUGGUAUGCAGAUCAUCGGGGCAUGUCACGGGAUGAGGCCGAGAUGGAGUACCUGAAGAUUGCGCAAGAUCUGGACAUGUACGGUGUCAACUAUUUCCCCAUCAAUAAUAAGAAGGACACAGAACUGUGGCUGGGUGUCACAGCUCUUGGGCUCAACAUCUAUGAGAAGGAAAACAAACUGACGCCAAAAACAACCUUUACCUGGUCUGAGAUCCGACACAUCAGCUUUGAUGAUAAGAAGUUCAUCAUCAAACCAGUGGAGAAGUCAUCACCAAACUUUGUGUUCUUCUCGCAGAAAGUUCGUAUGAACAAGCUGAUCCUGGACCUCUGCAUUGGGAACCAUGACUUGUUCAUGAGGAGACGCAAGACAGACUCCAUGGAGGUGCAGCAGAUGAAAGCACAGGCCAAGGAAGAAAAGUCCAGGCGUCAGAUAGAACGGAAUAAGCUGGCGAGAGAGAAGCAGUUACGAGAGGCUGCUGAACGAGAGAAGGCAGCCUUGGAGCAGCGGCUGAUGCAGUAUCAGGAGGAGAUGAGAUUGGCCAACGAAGCUCUGCAACGGUCUGAAGAAACGGCUGACCUGCUAGCGGAAAAAUCCCGAGUUGCAGAAGAGGAAGCCAUGCUUUUGAGCCAGAAGGCUGCCGAAGCAGAGCAAGAAAUAACCCGACUAAGACUUGGAGUCAUGAAGACAGAGGAGGAGAAGGUGCACCUUGAACGCAAGACGCGAGAAGCAGAAUUGCUGACUGCCCGCCUAGUGGAUGAGUCAGAAAGGAGAGCAGCAGAGGCUGACAGACUCAAAAAUGAACUGCUGAAGGCAAGGCUGGCCGAGAAGCAGGCCAAGGAGAAGCUACUUGAGUUCCUGUCUCGCAAUGCGUACAAUAAUAUCACACCUGUGCCAAAUCUGUACCAAUCUGGUCAAGUACUGCCAUCUGAACUGCAGGCUGAUCUGCGCUCUCUGCAGCUGGACUCCGAACCUCUGCCAGCUGACCUCACAGCGUACGACCUCAUCAUUGAUGGGGAUGUGGAACAAUUGUCACUCGAGAUUGAGAAAGAACGGGUGGAGUAUCUUGAAAAGAGCAAGCAUCUACAAGACCAGCUGCGCGAACUGCGCUCCGAGAUUGAGGUGCUCAAAGUGGGGGAGAAGCAGAGUGAACUGGAUCAGCUGCAUGAGGAGCAGGUGCGUCUUGGUGAGACCAAAUACUCGACACUGCGCAAGGUUAAGUCCGGCUCGACGAAGGCUCGUGUCGCCUUCUUUGAAGAGCUGUGAACGUGCUCAAGAUAAUGCCUUGUUGCUCGAAUAUGAAAGAACACAGUCUCAAGGUUGCCAGCUCAGAACUUUGUUGUGACAGUUACAUUGUUUCUUACACAAUUUAUUUCUGAACCAGUGUGUGCAUCUGGUAGUUAUGGCUUGCUCUGUUGGCAGCAUUUUAUUACAGUGUUUUCGCCCCAUACUGACUUUACACAGAGACAUGUUAAAGCAUACCUGUGUGUUCACAGACCUGGAAUGCUGACGUAUUUAGACUUCGGGACAGCUUCCUGGCAGCAGUCACCACUUUAUGGUCAUUUCAUUGUGUCACACUAACUUUUCAAGAUAUGAGUGCCCUUAUGCACUCUCUUGCCAGACAUAUGUUCUGUAUCUUACAUGAUUUAGAAAUUUUUUAAGAUACAGAGCAAAGCACUUUGCAGUGAGAUUUUGCCUGUCCAUUAGAAGUAUAACAUAAUGUGAUAAUACAGCAAGUAAUGGAAACAAAACAUGGUAACCUUUUUGAGUUGUUUAUAAAACAGUUGCACACUCAUUCUUUAAUUGUGAUGUUGAGAAGUUGUUGAUAUUCUUUGUUCUUAGUAUUUUAUUUGUAAAGUUUUGUACCUAGAAUUGCAGCUUCAUUUUUGUAGUUUGGUCAUUUAAUUUGAGCCUUAGUUUUUGCAGAAUUGUGUUUGUAAGAUUGUAUUAAACAUCAUCUUAAAUAUAUACCACACAGGAAAAUUUUCCAAACUAUAUGUUUAGGAUGAAAUGAGAGAUUUAUGUUAUGCAUAAGCAAAAGCCGCAUAGCCUGUAAUACAGCUGUGUUGCUCAUGGGGAUUCACCUCUGGUAAUGUGAUGAUGCCUGCCCCUUGUGUCCAAGAACUUGAAACCUACCAGUACAUUGUCCAAUGAUGCUCUCAGCAUGGUUACCAAUCUUUAGAUAAAAGUUGUGUGAUACAAAACAAAAGAAUUAUAGAUUUCUGUUAUGUUCUGUUUUGUGACCUUUUCCUAUUUGUGCAUGCAGGGAUGUGUCACGUUCGGUGUAUGUGUGUCGUUUUUCUAUAGCAUGAGCAUCAUUCUUUCUGAGUACCCUGUGAAACAAAUUGUUUUAAGUAUGUAAAUCUAAUUAAGCUGUGUGUGGUGCCAAAUUGGUAGGAACUUAACAAGGCAGAUGCACAUUAUAAACCAUUCUGACAUGUCAGGAAAGGAAAGCCCUUAGAUGCACUUGAGGCAUAGAGGUAUAGGGCCUACUGGUGGUCUCUUGGGAAACUAUAAUGAGCUUCUGGCUUCCAUGAAAGACAGACAGAAACUCUUUCCUGUAGACAUUGUAAACUCUGGUGAUCAUUUAUAUUGCUUACUAACAGUCUUGAAUUCUGUUGAUGUUAUAUGAAUUUGGUCAAAGUGAUAUAUGUAAUAAUACAUUGAAACUUUGAAAAACCAUUUAAUAUCGUUGUUGGGCUUGAAACCUCAGUUGCUCAUGAAGGGUAUUCCUUGUAGAGUACUUGACAGCCAAUGAUAUGUCACUGGAGACGGAUACUGGCCACUGAAAAUUUAGAAUGUUCCAGAGCAUUUCAAAGUUGAUUGUACUCAUUUUAGCGGUCAUCAAUUUUGUUUAACAAAGACUUUACUUUAUGGUUUGGUUCUGAAGUACUGUCUCAGUGAAACUGCCAUAAAUCCUGGUGACAGACAGUAGCCAGGGGCCAUGAUGCUCAGUGUUCUGCCUGAGGUGCUGCUCUUGUGUAUUCGCACAACACGAUUAUGAUACGGCUGUGAGAGUUUUAAUUACCUACCAAGAGGUGAACGUUGUUGAUUGUGUGUAUACCUGUCGCUACACCUGUUUUUCUGUCACUAGUAAGAUUAGCAGAAGAAGUAUGCUCAGAAUGAUGGGUUUUAGGUUGUGGAUUGUCUGGAUUUCUGCAUGUAAGUAAUAGUUGUGUUGAAAGUGGCGUGGGUCUGUGAGAAUUCCUUCACUUGUGCUGUGUGCUAGAGGAUGUUUAACAGUGACAUCUGUUUCAUACAUGUGAUUUCUAAAAUAAGGUAACAUACAUAAUGUUUCAUAAUGGCUUAUGUUGUUCAAGCCUCUCUCCUGAGAUUUUUUCUGCUUGAUCAUUUCUCACAGACAUCUUCAUCCACAAGAACUUUGUAGUAAUUAUAGAGUAAUAAAUAUCCAGUCAGUAAUCUCAUUAGCUGUGUCCCUACCUAAGCUAAAGAAACUUUAUAUAAUUAAAAAAUCUCACAUUCUUUAUCAGUAAUGAAUAAGAGGCAUUCAUCUUGACCUAUAAUUUAUUCUUUCCAUUGAAUUUUUUCUUCAGAUAAACUAUUUCUUCUGCAUACUGCCUCUUCCUUGUAAAUGAGAUUGGUGUAUGUAUAAAGUGAGGGAAUUCUUCAUGAUGUGCCCAAAAUCCAACAAGUAAGGUUUUAUUGUUAAUACUGGUUCUUGGGAAUGCUUUUGGUGCUAUGUUUUAAGAUAAGCUGGACUGUGUUUCCAUGUUCUCUUGUACAUACUGUAAAUUAUUGUCAUUAUUUUAUGAAACAAAUUUAUAAACUGGAGGCAGCCGUCCAUAGAGUUUGCUUUAUAUUGAUCCUGCUGGAACAUAUCACAAUAAAGUAAAUUGCAAUGG